UUAAAUUAGUUAUUACAAACAAAAACUAUCACAUGCAAAUUCAUUUAGUUCAUUUAUCUCUCAUGAUGAUAAGGACAGAUAACAAAGCUUCUAAUUUUAGCACUAUAAAAUAAUUAAAUGAUUAAAAUUAGAACUAGCAUGAACGAAAAAAAUCAUAAUUUUACCACAAUACUUAGAAGAGAAAAAUAGUAAUUUCUUGUUAACAUAGUGACAUUGAAUAUUAACAAUUUAAGAUUUAAACUGAUAAUUUUGAUUGUAUUGGUAAAACUUUCUAUACAUUUUCAAAUGUCACAAUCAGAGUUUAGGGAAUGUUUCUACCUAUAUGCUCGGUCUGACCAUAUCAAAUCUCUGGAUGAACUUACUGUGAUUAUGAGAAGUUUGGGCCUUUCACCAACCAUAUCUGAAUUAGCUGGAUAUUUCAAGCAUAAGGUAGGAAAAAUGACAUUUGCCGACUUCCUAGAAGUAAUGCACGUUCAUUCAAGAGUUGAGAAUCUACCAAAAGAAAUCGUGGAUGCAUUUAAGGCAGCUGAUCCCGAAGGUAGGGGUACUAUACCAGCGAAACAACUGAGACACUUAUUGCAAAAUUGGGGAGAAAAAUUGUCAUCGAAAGAAGUAGACAGAAUCUUUCGUGAGGCCAAUGUAAAUAAUAACAGUAUGGUUAAAUAUGAAGAUUUUAUCAAAAUUGCGUGCGCUCCAGUACCAGAUUACUAUUAAAAUUUAUAUAUAAUUUUUAUUUAUAUUCAAUGAUCCUUUCAUUUGAAUUUAUUAUAGGUUUAUUACAUAAAAAUGGACUUACCGUGUAAGACGCACUUUUUAACUCUCUUGCCUUUUUAGAUAAUGAAUUCACUACUUUUUUUAAUGUAUCGACUUAGAUGAUAUUUUAUAAAAACUGUGUAAAUGUGCAGAUUAUAAAAUUUUUAAUUAUAUUUCUUUCAACAUUUU